CUGCGUGUCUACCUGUUCAGCAUUCGAACCCACGAAGUCAACUCGAACUAAGCGCAAUUGCGCAAGUCGCACGAAUCUCGGACGCUUUCUUGACUCAACGUCCAUCUGCCGACAAAUUUGUUGUUCACAUAUUUUUUUCUUUUUUUUUUGUUUUGUUUUGAAGACACCAACGCUUGGCCAGUUCCCUGUUUGGACGUGACCGGACGUUGUCCGGCGCUCAUCUGGCAGUCCCAGUGAGUUGUCAGCGACGUGUGAUUGGCUGCCCGGCGGCGUACCUGUGAUGUCACGUGGCGGGCGGAGCCGGCAGACGUUGUGGCCAUGCCGUACGUGGACCGACGCAAUCGCAUCUGCGGCUUCCUGGACAUCGAGGAGGCGGAGGGCAGCGGGAAGUUCCUGAGACGUUACUUCGUCCUGAGCGCGCAGCGGGACAGUCUCGUGUGGUACAUGGACAACCCGCAGAAUCUUCCGGAAGGGGCCCAGCAUGUCGGUUGUCUCAACCUCUCCUACAUCUCCAAGGUGACCAACGGCGCCAAACUGAGGCCUAAGGCGGACUUCUGCUUCGUUAUAAACGCUGGGAUGCGCAAGUUCUACCUGCAGGCCAAUGACCAACAGGACUUGGAGGAGUGGAUCGCCGUUCUCAACAACGCCACUAAGAUAACGGUGCCAAAGCUCAGCGAGGGUGCCGAUCCGCCUCAGGAAGUCCUGGGAGCCUUGAAGCACGUCUGCUACAAGACAGAGAUCGUCGGCGGAGUCCCCAUCGUCACGGCCACUCAGGAGCAGGCGGACGGGCCGAACGGGGCAGAGCGUGGCGCUUCGGGCAGACCCUACUUCCUGUCCAGCCAAGUCCAGGACCAGGAUGUCAUCAAGGCGGGAUUCUGUGUCAAACAGGGAGCUGUGAUGAAGACAUGGAAGCGGCGCUACUUCAUGCUGGAUCAAAACAGCCUCCGCUACUUCAAGUCCGACUCGGACAGGGGGGCACUGCGUGUGAUCCUCCUCAAGGACAUCCUCAAAGUUCAAGAGUGUCAACAAAGUGAGCUGAUGAUGAGGGACAACCUCUUCGAGAUGAUCACCUCCUCCAGGACUUUCUACUUGCAGACGGACAGUCCAGAGGAAAUGGACAGCUGGAUUGAAGCCAUCAACGGCGCUCUCGUGGCCCAGCGUGGACCCGCCAGCUCAGAUGACAGCUCUCCCGCCGUCUCCUCCUCGACCUUCUACUUGGACUUAGGCGAGGAGCUCCCUUGCCCACCAUCCUCCACUGCGCCCCACGACGGACCCCCGCCUGCCGCGGAAGACGUCCAAGUCCAGGAGAUGGGGGUGGGGGACGAGUCGCUAUGGAAGCGACGUAGCAAGGAGGACAUGGAUGUCGACCAGGAGUGAUUUAAUUCGAGGACGGCGGGGACUCGUCAGUAUCUUUUUGUUUGUUAAAUAUGUUGACCAAGUUUUUCUUACUUUCAGUUGGCUGAUUUAAAGUUUCCUUUUAAAUGCGUUUAUUUAUUAUUAAAACACUCAACACCCAAUUCCGUUAA